GAAUAAAACGACAACAAUGACGUCACAACACAUGUUUCAAGUUACGAAUAUGUCAACAGUGAACAAAAUUAUGUAUGUUGCUGUUCACACCAAAGCGAAGUUUUAUCCACUUAACACGUGGAUAAAACUUUGUAGAACACCGAAGAAUACGAUUUGUAGGUCUAAUAUACACACAAGAACACAAAAUGAGAGCAUUUCGGGACAAGAAAUACGGAGAAAUUUUACCAACUUCCCUAAAAAUACAAAUAAGGGCGCAGGAGCGAAGGAUAUGGGAGAACUGUUAUAUGUAGGGCAGGACAGAAACAGGAUUAAAUGGACGUUGGGAUCUUUCUAUAUCUUAAGUGCAGCUGUUGCAGGAGCUUCACCAAUUCUACUCAAACUUACCUCUGGCUCUUUACUAGCCACAAGUUUCUUGGGUUUUAACAUUUUAGUUUUUGUGAUUCUUAACCCGCUUGGAUUGUAUCAAUUUGGAAAAAGAUAUGUAAAUGAAUUGUAUUACAAGCAAGAAACUGAUACAUACACUGCAAAUGUUCUUUCCCCAUUUGUGUUAACAGAAACAAGGUUGAAGUUCAAGCCUUCUGAAUGCAAAAUGCCAGCCAACCCAAGCAUUUUUACCUCUUUUUUUGUUGGACGACACCCACUGUUUGUUAACUCUGAUGCUAUGAAUUACGCCGACUACAUGAAAAUGUUAAGGUUCGCUUCCACAAUUGAUUAUGAGAAUCCCGACCGACAAAAAGAGUUUCAUUCAAAAGCAAAAGAAAACAACUGAACACAAAUAAUGUUAAUAUAUAUAAUAUGUUUUUUCCUGUUGAAUUUAUUUAUUACCAUUUCAAAAGAUAAAUAAUCCAAAUUCUUUUAUAACUGUUCCUGCAACCUACUAAACAAAACAUCAUUUAAAAGAAAUGCAUUUUAAAACCACAAAUCCAACCUCUAAGUAAAAAAAUUCCCAUACAACAAUGCAUGGAAUUUGUCGUAGGAUAAAGUUUUACUUAACAUUCA